AUGCACCCAUCAACCCUCCUCACCACCACCGCUCUCGCCGCCGCUGUAAUGUCCACCCCGGUGCGUAACACGUCGACUCCCGAUGCUGUGGCCCUGGCGGAUAGCAAGAGACAGCUAUUAUACCCCGUGGAGCUUUGUACUGAGAGUGGAUGCGGGGCCCCCCGUAUUGGGGCGUAUAAUGAGAAGAAGCACCAUGAGGAGGAGGAGCACCACGAGGCCGAAGAAGAGCAUGAGAAGCACGGAGAGCAUGAGCAUCACGAGGAGGAGGAACAUCACGAAGGAAAUGACGAGGAGCACCACGGCGACGAACACAAGAAAGAGUAUAAGGGACACCAUGAAGAUGAGGACACGAAGAAGUACGAACACAAGUCCAAGAAGCUCGUGCCAAGGCACGAUUUCUACGGGCAAGAGCUCAAGACGCUCGAGACGAGGAACGAUUACCACGGGAUCGAGCUCAGGAAGCUCGAGACAAGGAAGAGAAAGGGCGUCGUUUGCACCAUCUUGUAG